AUGUAUCAACGAUGUGAUGUGAUUCGCGUGUGCAUUUCGAAGAAAAAUAGCUUUAAAUGGAUUUGUGAAUUGGCCUCAGCGGAAUCCGAAGAAGGAGUGUUUUGGUGUAAAGAUCGCUGGGUUGGGCAAAAAAGUCCUCAGUUCACCAUCCUGCGUCUUGCGUCCUGCGAUCCCGAAGAAGGGAUCUUCCGCCUGUUCUACGAUGACAGACAUCAUCACAGCGAGAGAGCAUACUUUACGAAAAACCGCACUGACAGACUAAACCAACAUUAA